AUGAAAUCCGCUGUCAAAACGCAAACGAAAUCCGGUAAAAAGGAGGAAAAGGAAAGUGAUUCUCCGAAAGAGUGGAAACUUGAACCAGAACAUGAAUUUCGGUUUGAAGUAGACUUUGGAACAACGGUGAAACUUAAAUUAAUUGAAGGUACAGCAGAGAUCUUUGGCACAGAAAUUGGUAUAGGUCCCGAAUAUGAAUUUAGUGGUCGUAAAGUCGCCGUGUUUACCUGGCAUGGAAAAUGUAGUGUCGAGUAUCUAGCCAAUGAAACACCAAUGGUCAGUUAUCUCAAUAUGCAUUUAGCAUUAGAGCAAUGCAGAGAAGCAGCAAAAGAAAAGGGUGAAUCGGGUCCAAGGGUAAUGAUUGUAGGACCAGAGGAUGUGGGAAAAACUUCUCUAACAAGAAUUCUACUCAGUUAUGCAUUACGACAAGGUCGACAACCAAUAUUCGGAACUGUUACAAUACCUGGAGCUCUGACUGCCACGCCAAUCAAUCAAAUACUUGACGUAGAGGAAGGUUUCGGAUCCUCGGCGACUACUUUGCCGUCGAUAGGAUCUUCUACCACACCGAUAGUAUAUUAUUAUGGGUACGCGGAACCAGGAGAGAAUGUCAAAUUGUAUAAAAUACUUACCGCACGAUUAGCGAAUACCGUUAGUCUUCGAUUAGAACAGGAUGAGGAUGCGAAAACGUCAGGCUUGAUAAUUGAUACUAGUGGAUUGAUUGAUAACAAUGUUGGAUACGAGAUAUUGCAACAUUGUGUCCAAGCAUUUUCCGCAAAUAUUAUAAUUGUCCUUGGACACGAACGAUUAUACAGUGAUAUGGCAAGAUUAUAUAAAGAUCAACAGGAUAUAAAAGUACUGAAGUUAUCAAAAUCCGGUGGAGUCGUCAAUAGAGACAAAACGUUUCGUCGACAAUCACAAAUGCGAAAAAUUCAAGAAUAUUUUUAUGGGACCUCAAAAAUCGGGCUUCAGCCGUUUAAUGCCUCUAUUGACUUUCAUUCUCUUUCUAUUUAUCGCGUUGGGUUUGGAUCUUUGGCACCUUCAUCUGCACUGCCUAUAGGCAUAGACAGAAAAGUCAGCGAAACACAACUUGUUAGAGUUGAACCAGACGAGACAUUACGUCAUUCGAUUCUCGCGCUAAUUACGGCUGAUAGUGCUGAUGAACCUGCUUUAUUGGAAGCGAAUGUUGCUGGAUUUCUUUAUGUGUAUGU